CGUUUGCCCCCCUUUGGGGAAAAAUCAAUGUAUUUCCACACUCUUCUUGGGACCCAUUAUCCCUAAAGUUAACAACAAUGUUAACGCUGCUGGUCUCUGCGACAUAUUUUCUUUGCUUGCUGGUGCAGUUAAAUCAACCAGUCAUAGGACAGUUGCAUACCUCUUCACGAUGGAUUCUGGAUUCGGAUAACCACCGCGUCAAGUUGCGUUGCGUCAACUGGGCAGGGCACAUGGAGGUGAAUAUCCCCGAGGGCCUCCAGUACCAGUCCGUGGAUACCAUCUCCACAUUGAUUGCCAACUAUGGGUUUAAUUGUGUGCGACUCACUUAUUCUAUCGACAUGGCUCUGGCCCCUAAUACUAGUGUUUCUGACGCCUUCACUCUCGCGGCUGUGUCUGCGGAUGUCCCUGUCUCCAACAUGACAGCAUUGUAUCAGCAGACCCUCACCAAAAACCCCUUCCUUGCAUCCUCAACGACCCUGGGCGUCUUUGCUGCAGUCAUCGACACCCUUGCCAGUAAAGGUAUAUAUACAAUUCUCGAUAAUCAUGUCUCUAAGGCCAGCUGGUGCUGUGACCUUCUUGACGGCAAUGGCUGGUGGGAUACAGCUGCAGGUACGAACAGCUGGAAUAGCCGCUACUUUCAUACCGGUGACUGGCUGAAGGGACUUGAGUUUAUUGCGCGUUUUGCUACAGAACACCCAGGAGUUGUGGGAAUGUCAUUGCGCAACGAGCUUCGGCCAUUCCCCCUGCUACAGGAUUUGAACGGCCACAAGGACUGGUAUAAUCUAGUCACGCAAGCGGCAAUUACAGUCCACACUGCUAAUCCAGAUGUACUGAUCAUUAUCGGCGGUUCUCAAUCAGCCACUGAUCUUUCAUUCGUUUCUUGGAACCCGCUAAAUACAACUGCCUGGGCGGGUAAACACGUGUGGGAGUUUCACGCAUACUCAUUUACCGUCACCAAUCCCAAUCCAACUCAGUCCUGCUGGGUAGCAAAGGCCCAGUAUGGCACACUCAGCGGAUUUGUGCUGAGACGGGACGAGCCGUACACCGGACCUUUAUUUCUCUCAGAGUUUGGCGUGGGAAUGACAGGCGGACCGAAGCAAGGAUUAUCAGAUCGGGAGUAUAAGUAUUUGAGCUGCUUAGUGCAUUACAUGGAGUCGAACGAUGCAGACUGGGCAGUGUGGGCUAUUCAAGGAAGCUAUUACAUUCGAUCAUCAGUUAUUGAUUAUGAUGAAAGCUAUGGUUUAUUGACGCAUAAUUGGAGUGCGUGGAGAAAUCCCAAGUUUUCAGCGAUGUUAGGUAGAAUGUGGCAGGUCACACAAGGUCCUGACAAGAAACAGUUACUUAGGGUCAAUUCACGGCCCUAGUGAGUUGUGUCAAUUGAGAGAAGUCUGUGUUAGUUAAAAAUCAUUGUAAUAUUUAUUAUUGGUAUAUCUUACUUGACUCUCUACACUCUAAU